AUGAACAACGGAGAAAAGUUCGAUCCACUUGCCUACCUUCACACGAGGCUGGGGAAUAAUAUGAGAAGCAAAGAGCGCGUCCUCUUUCCUCUACGACGACUCCACGAGGAGUUUGCCAGUCUGCCGGGCUCCCUAAAAAUCCUCGAGUACGGGACAGGACCAGUGAUAAUGAACAUCAUCUCGGCCGCUCCACACGCUUCUGAAAUUACGCUCGCUGAGUACAACCGCGGGAAUCGGGACGUUCUACACUCCUGGUUGGAGGGGACCUUUCACAGUUUCGACUGGUCGCCGUUCUUUGAUCACGUGGUCACGGACCUCGAAGGCAAGGGUGCUAAAGAAGCGAGGGCGAGAGAGGCGCUGGUGCGGAGCGUCGUGAAAAGGGUCGUUUCGUGCGAUUUCACCGCCCCGCGCAUCAUCCAAGAAGGACACGAAGGUCCUUACGACGUCGUUAUCUCCCCGUCGUGUAUAGACUGCUGCGCAACGCUCGCGCAGUUCCGACGGAACGUUGAAAACGUUUCAACUUUCGUGAAGCCGGGAGGCACACUCAUGCUUUACCUGUCAGAGCGAAACAUGCACCGCGAGAGUGGAACAUACUACAUUGGCUCGACUCCCCAUACACUUGUAAAUAUUUCGGCAAGCUACGUCGCGGAGCAAUUGAAAAACCUGGGAUUUUCGGGUGUACGGAGUUAUUCGUGUCCUGGAGACCCGGAGGCUAUGAAGAAACUGCAGGACGAAGACAUGUUGGGCUACAUGUUUCUGACUGGGGUAAAGGGAACAUAG